AUGGCGCCACACCUGUUGCUCCCGUCUUGCUCGUCUCCCUGCCUGCCGGCCGGGUCCCCCGAGACAGCCGAGGCGCUCCUGGCCGCAGCGACGAAAUCCAAGUCUGCCUCGAAAUCCCCACCCGCAACUUCGUCUUUUUCUCUGGCCUCAGAAGCCUCUGAUGCAAAGCCUGACGCGCCCAUGGCUUCCUGUCCCCCUUCAGACGCCGCCUGCCCCACUGCGGCGCCGGCCGCUUCUCCGCCUGACGAGAAUCCCCGGCGAACGCGCGCGAAGCCUGACGUCACGCCCACCGCCUGCUCUGCCGGAGAAUUGCCGCGGCCGGCGGCUGCUCCUGCUUUUCCCUCAGGCUCCGAAGUUGUGACCCGGUUCGAGCCGGACGCGCAGAUCGCGGAGGCGCUCUUGAAUGGAUACCGCCUCUCUGAAGACACGGCUGGAGACGCCGACUUCACUUUUCCGCUCGACUUCCAGAUGCCUCUGAACUACGAGAUCUACUCUUUCAUUUCGCAGUGCCUCAACGCGACGCAGCUCAAGCAGAGUCUCUCCGAGCAGGGCGCAGACGCCGUCCCCGCCGUCGCCAAGAGUCUCCUCGCGGCGGGACUCGCGAAAGCUCGCGAAGAGCGAAGGGGAGGGAGCUGCGCGCGCGAGAGGCGCGAAUCAGCGGAGAGAACACCCAAGAGGACGGAGGAGAUGUCCGGGCAACGCAAAGAACCGGAGGAGAAUGCCUGGCCGACGCUCGAGGCAGGCGCGGCGACGCAGAGACGCCAGUUAGAGAAGGAAAACAACGAGAGGGGGCAGCCAGCGAGACCCGCGACUGGGAAGCAAAGCAAAUGCCGGAAACAGUGGAAAGUCAAAGAACACAAUGACCGCGAAGAGACUCCAGCCGCUUCGGCGCCUGCAGAGACUCCCGGCGCGCCUGUCUCCUCAGACAGCGCAUCUCCGCAGACAGCGCAGCCUGCCGCGCUUCUCGGACCGGCGCCGCUGGCCUCGCCGACGGUCCGGGCGCCUCCAGGCCUUUCAGGUCCAGACGUGAACACAGCGCUUCUGCGUGCUGCUUUUCUGGGCCGCGAGGACAUCGUGGACUUGUGUCUGAAGCGCGGCGGAGACGUCUCCUUCUCCGACCGCGUCGGACGCUCUGCGCUGCACUACGGCGCGGCGACGGGGACGGAGAGGAUUGUGCGGAAGCUCCUGGAAGCCGGCGGCGCGAAGAACAUCAACCAGCGAGACCGGAAGCACUGGACGCCGCUCUUGAUUGCGGUGACCAAGACGCACUCUGCGUGUGUUCGCCUCCUCCUCGAAAAAGGCGCAGAAGUCGGCGCGACGCUCUGCCACCGAUGCGCCCCCUGCCGCAGCUCGGCGCAGCGCGCUCCCGAAACGCGAGAGUCGGAGAAGAGCGAGAAGGAUGGACAAGCGAAAGACGCGGCUGAGGCGGCUGAGGCGAACGCGAGCGAGAAGGCAGAGGCCAAAACGGACGUGAAACCCAGCGCAUGUGGAGCAGGCGAAGCAGAAGGACCCAUCCAAACCUGGAGCGCAGCGAUCCACUUUGCUGCAAUCAAAGGCAACAUCGAAAUUUCCAAACUUCUGCUCGACUACGGGGCCACUGUGAACGACUUGGACAGCGACAAACGACCGCCUCUGCACUACGCGGCUUGCCGAGACAAUUCGCAUUACGUCUCUUGGCUUCUGGCGCGCGGCGCGCGCUUGGACUUGUUCGACGUGAACGGGCGGAGCGCGUUGCAUGCAGCGGCGAUCAAGGGCCAGCUUCAGAACGCACAGAGCAUCCUCGAGGCGGCAGACCCGGUGACCGCUCUGCUUCUUCUCCGAAGGAAAGACAAGUGGGACAUCACCCCUGCGCAACUCGCGAAGCUUCACGGACAGAAUGGAGCUUUUUUGCUGCUGAAGUCCUACGCGGACCAGCUGGAGGCGACUCUGGGAGAGCACGCGGCCCUCAUUGAGCCGGAGACUGCAGACGCGUGCCUGCUCAACCAGACGAUCACGGAGGUGCUCGCCACUGGCAUGCAGGAAGUCAAGAAAAACAAGCUGGAAAGAACAGUUGCUCGUCUCGGAACCGUCACGUGCCUCAAGGCCUACCAGAAAACGAUGAUGGUGCAGGGAAUGGGAGGCAUGCUCGUUGCCGAUGGGAGCAGGCCCAAGACUGCCGGUGGCGUCUUCUUCACACUCUUGCGCGAAAUGGCGCGACAAGGCGAAAUCAGUCGAGACGAUCUCGUUUACAUCGAAAUGGAAGACGGCGAAGCGAAGAAGGCGCUGCGACGUCGCGCGCGGCAGAAGCAUUCCUCCUCGUCGGGGGCUGAAGCUGCUCCUCGUCUUCCUCACCGCACUCCCGCUGCUGCUUCUGGGAGAGAAAACAGACAACUCGCCGGAAACUCCACGCGACCGAUGAAUGCGCCGGAGGGCGCCCGGGGUCCUGCGUCCAGGCGACCGGGCGGAAAGCAGCGCCCAGAAGGAUCUGCGAAGACUCAGGAGAGUGUGCAAACGUCACAUCCAUCUCAAGGCAAUUCGUCGACUUCCCGGAAGAAUUCUGUUGGCUUCUUCGUGUCUGCGAAAAACUUUUCGAAGCCGGCAGUCCCGCCACGUCUGGCGCCUUCCGCGGCGAAAACGCGGCCGGGCAGCGCGUUGUCGUCCAAGAGCAGCGGCGCGUCGACGGUCGGCGGGUGUGCGUACACCCCACUGGCGAUGGCGAUCGACGCCGAGACGCUGAGCAGCAACAGCAGCAGCCGCGGGAGUUCGCCGCAGCAGCAGACGCCGACGAACUUUCCUGCGGUCGGUUCGUUCGUGGGUUCUCAGCCGCAAGGCUUCCUUCCCUUCUCGAUGUAUCCUGUGUACCCUUUCUGGCCGAUGGGCUUCCCCACCCCGCUGUCGCCGCCGCCGGUCAUGGGCGCGAGUCUCGCUGGAAAGGAAGACGCUCCGUCGUUCUUCUCGACUCCGUCCUUCUAUCCGCAGGCGCCCGGUGCGAGCGCUUUCUUCCGAGGGGAAAAGGGAGACGGUCACAAGAAGAAGGCGUCCGGCCUCGUCCCGAACUUCGCACCCUUCUUCCCUGGCGCGCCUGGGAUGUACGUCCACCCCAGAGAGGAGUCGGACGCGCAGGCCGCGAGCCGAAAGAAGGGGAAGUCUCAGCGGAAGAAGGGCAGAGAAGAAGAAGAGACGAAGCGGGAGGAAGAAGCUGGCCGAGUGAACGCCGAGGCUGACGGAGUUUCCUGUGAGGGGCAGGGAGAGAAGGAGGCGAACGAGAGGACUGUGGAGGCGCCGAGAGCACGCAUCCCACAGGAGCAGAACGCGCGACCAAAUGCGAGUGUGGAGAAGCCCCCCAGUCGAGACAAAGGCGCAGACGAAGACGGAUGGAAAGUCGUGAAAAGCAGACAUGAAAAGAGAACACACGAACCUGGAAACGCGAGGGGCAGAGGUGGUAGAGGUCGCAGCGACAGAGCUCGCGGUCGAGGGGGAAGAAGAAGUCCGGAAUGAGAAAAGAGAAAGAGACCAUGCGUUUUCUCCAGGAUUUCUUUGUAGCUAGGCAGAAGAGAGAUCAGCCGGACGGACGGCUUGCCGAGGAGGGAAAGAAAGAGGCGAGGAAGCCGUGGAACAAGGAACAGAGAGGACCCGAGAAACAAGAGACAAAGAUUUUCUUCGAAAUGAAGGAGCGAGAUGGCAAACUCAGUGCUCAGACGCCCGAACCAGUCGACCGGACAGAAGGAAUGUCUGUGCCUGCAUGCGUUUGUAUGCUUGUUGUCUCCUCGCACAACCCCGCCAGCUGUUGCGGUUUCGAUUGUCUUGUCUUGAUGGACUGCGAGAGAUGUCCACUGCACAAGAUAUAUCAACUCGUGGGGAAGGGUUUCGACUCGAGAGUGACAUCGCAGAUGGCGGCUUUCUCCGAAUAUAGGGCGAAAGACUGAUGUGCAGAAACUCGCGCGCGCGUUCAGACACAGAACUAUCGGCCUGAGUUGUCUUUCAGGUUUCGAGUCCAGUGUGGUGGAUCGUUUGCGUAUCGUGACGUCAAGGUCUAGAAUAUGGGGCUUUGCGUGCGACAUUUCACGCUCGCCUUUGAAAUUGUCGUCCUAAAUAAGGAUCAAUGACAGACCACCGGUUGGAUAGA